AUGGGGCGAGGAAAUGGUUCUUCUGCCACCGACUUCAUUCUCCUGGGCCUCUUCUCUGCCUCCCAGCAUCCCGGCCUCUUCGUCAGCAUCAUCCUCCUGUUUCUCGGGGUGGCCGUCAUGGGAAACUCUGUCCUGGCCCUGCUGAUCUGGGGCAGUGCCCGCCUGCACACCCCCAUGUACUUCCUGCUCAGCCAGCUCGCCCUCAUGGACCUGACCCUAAUCUGCACCACCGUGCCCAAGAUGGCCUCGGACUUCUUCUCGGGACACGGGAGCAUUUCCCGUAGCGGCUGUGGAGUUCAAAUCUUUCUCUACUUGAUGCUAGGGGUGGCCGAGUGUGUUCUUCUGACUCUCAUGGCCUUUGACCGCUACUUGGCCAUCUGCAGCCCCCUCAGAUACCCAGUCAUCAUGACCCCGAGUGCCUGUGUGCAAAUGGCCGCGGGGUCGUGGGCUGGGGGUGUGCUCAUCUCCCUCAUGCACACAAUCUAUGCCAUGCACCUCUCCACCUGUGGCUCCAGGAGAAUCCACCAUUUCUUCUGUGAGGUCAUGGCCCUGCUGAAGCUCUCCUGUGAGGACACCUCCGCCUACGAGAAGAUGGUGCUGGCCUCCGGCAUCGUUUUCCUGCUCAUCCCUUUUGGACUCAUCCUCACCUCCUACGUGCUCAUCUUCCUUGCCGUGCUCCGCAUAAACUCCCCUGACGGCAGGAACAAAGCUCUGGCCACCUGCUCGUCCCACCUGGCUGUGGUCAGCCUCUACUUUGGCCCAGCCAUGAUCAUCUACAUGACCCCGGGGUCCUCCCUGCCCCCCGAGGUGGACCAGCGUCUGUUUGUGGUUGACGUUGUCAUCACGCCCAUGCUGAACCCUCUCAUCUACAGCUUGAGGAACAAGGAUGUGCUGUGGGCCCUGCGGAACGUUCUAGGGAGCAGGCUGAUGCUUACACAGAAAAGGUGA